GCAGGACCUGGAGGAGGCCAUGAGCGGCAUGGUGCUGGUGCAGCUGUCCUCUACCAUGGUCAACCUGUGCACGGCACUCUACCAGCAGACCAAGAUCAAGGACGUGAGCUCGGCCCUGCAGUACGCCAUGCUGCUGCCCUUCCACACCGCGCAGAUCUACUUCUACUGCUGGACGGCCGACAACAUAACGCAACAGGGCGAGGCCAUAUCAUUGGCGGCAUACAGCAGCCACUGGACAGGUGCAGGCAGCCCCUUCCAGAAGGCGCUGUCUAUCGUGAUGGCGCGUGCUCACAAGCCACUACUGGUCACUGCGGGCCACCUCUACCCCAUCAACAGAGCUGCCUUCGUAGCGCUGAUGAAGGCCUCCUACUCAUACUACACACUGCUCAGGCAGCUGGACACCAAAUGAGCCACGGAAUACGUACUGAAUGAGCGGAUAGGAAUGCAACGAGCAAAAAGGAAUCAGGACACUGAAGUCUCUUCUUCACAGAACAUACUGUGGGCUCCAGCUCACAGACAACCACAGCCUACUCCAGCCCUGCCAUGCAGAGUCUGCCAUGAGACAAAAAGAAUGGCAAGAAUGAAAACUGUCUGCUGCCCCGUAUGUAA